AUGGGCGAGCAGCUGACCGAAGAAAGACCACAGGCCAAGAUGGAAGAGCUGGUGGAUCGCAUCGGCUUGCUGAUGCCAGCCGCCCUGCUCGGUAACAUCCUGGAGGGACGCGUUCUUCCCAACAACGACCUCGUCCUGGAUGUGGAGUUCAUGUUCGACGUGACCUUGUCCCCUACUGGCGACCCCAACCAGGAUGCCCCCGACGUGGCCUUCCUGUCUGCUGCCCUGCUGUUGUGCUGGCCCCUUACGAUUCUGCUGUCGCCCCAGUCCCUUCCUCUGUUGGACUCUUAA